AUGAUGGCGUGUCUUUCCACUAGCCUCGUGUCUUCGUCCGUGAAUCCCCUGUCAGCGUCACUCAAAUGCGCCGAUUCCUCUUCCCAUUGGUCAACCCUAGCCGACGUCGGGCUGAGGUCCCUCCCCGUGAUCCGCCGUGGCGGAAGGAUUCGCGGAGUGGCGAAGGGUGGAAAGGGAGCAGUGUGUGCGGUAGCUUCCGGCGGAAACGGGGCGGCGCGGACGGCGGAUGAGGUGGAAGCGGGGGAGGGAGCGGGCAGCUUUGACGUGAGCAGCACGUGCGUGAAUCCCGUGUUCCGCUCAUUCCCCAGCCUCAAGGAAGGCGACGGCAACGUGGACGGGCCGGGCGGGCGCACGGCGGUGCGCGUGCUGUUCGUGAGCGAGGGCAACGUGUGCCGCAGCGUGGUGGCGGAGGCGGUGUUGACGGCCAUGAUCAGGGACAAGGGGCUUGAGGAGUACAUCCUCUGCUCCUCCAAGGCAGUGCGCGACUACAACGUGGGCGAGAGCCCGGACUCGCGGGUAGUGCAGCUGGCGGGGCAGAGCGGCGUGGCGGUGGACGCUGCCAGGCAGGCCCAGCUGCUGCGCCCUGCUGAGGACGUCGUGGCGCACGACCUGCUCGUCGUCAUGGACAAGUUCAACGCAGCGGAUGUGUUGAAGGAGGUGUCGGUGUUUGACACCAUCGACCCCACUGCGCGCUUCUCCUCCAAAGUGCGCCGCAUGGGCGACUUCUGCAAGUCCAGAACCGUGGAUGACAUAGACGACCCGCUGUACGGCAACAUGGGAGGGCCCGAGGAGCUGGAGCUGUUGGGGUCCGCCAUCAAUGACAUAGUGGACUGCUGUGACGGGCUGAUCACAGACCUCAUUGCCAUCCGCGCUGGCCUCGCAGGUGGGCUGGUCUUCCGUGGGGCAUGGGGUGGGGCGUCAUGGGGGUUGGGUUAUGGACUGGGGUUGCGCUCCCACACCCCUGCCAUCUCCUUUCAGCGGCAACUGUUCCUUGAAUGCGCCUAUCGCGGCGCGCUUCGUCGCCACUGCACGCAUCUCGCAGUUCCUUCUGCUCCUACUGAAACUCGUGCUAUCCGCCCGAUCUUUCCGCUAAUCCUCUUUCCUCCGUCGAAUCGCGCGUGGAGGCCCAUCGCCCCGUGGACUGCCGCCGUCGCCGUCUCCCGCAAAGGCGUCUCGACAUCCGCCGUCCCGCGCGCCUUUUCCAGCGAUUGCCCCGACGCCCCGCGCGGGCUAGCGUGCGGCGCGGGGAAGAGAGCAGCGGAAGGGGUAGCACCGGCAGGUGAUUCGGGAUUAGAUUCUGAUUCCGCGUUAGAGUCUGAUUUGGGCCCGACGCCGCCGGACACGCUCGUUCGGUCGGCGAGCGCGCCGGAAAUCCCGGCGGAAGUUGCGGCGGGAAUCGCGGGGGAAAGCGCGGCGGGGUCGGGCGUGCUAGUGGAGAUGGACGUGGUUCGCGCGAACUUCGAGGAGGGUCUGGCGGCGCUCGAGGCGGCUUUAAAGACGUGCGACCUGGUGGCGUUCGAUGGCGAGUUCACGGGGUUACACGUCAGCAACACCAGCAACUACGGGCUGCAGCUGCUGGACUCGCCGCAGCAGCGGUACGAGCGCGUGAAGGAGGGCGCUGGCAGCUUCUUCACCAUGCAGCUGGGGUUCAGCGCGCUGGCAUGGGACGAGGGCAAGGCGGCGUACAGCGCGCACACGUUCAACUUCAACAUCUUCCCGCGCCCCUUCCCCGGCUUCGACCUGCGCUUCCUCUGCCAGGCGUCAUCGAUGGACUUCUUAGCGCGCAACAACUUUGACUUCAACAAGUUCGUCUACCAAGGCGUGCCCUACCUGCCAUUGGAGAAAGCCGAGAGGGAGAGGCGGCGCCUACGAGCAUCAUUCCGGAGCAGCAAGGGCGGGGCAGCGAACGGGGCAGGCGCGGAUGCAAGCAGCAGGCAGCCACAACGGGCGCCCAUAGUGCUGUCUCGGCCCGAGGACCGGCUGGCAGUGGGGCAGCUGGUGGAUGACGUGCGCACCUGGGUGCUCUCCACCUCGCCCCCUCCCACUCACCUCGCCUCUCUCUCCCCAACUGCCGCCGCUGCUGCUGGUGGUGGUGCUGGUGCCGUUGCUAAUGGCAAGGCUGGUGCCGCCAGUGGGGAAGCAGCCACCAAACAAGGAGCAGCAGGCGAGGCGGGAGGAGCAGCAGCAGCAGGGACGGGAGAGGGCGAGGGGGGCGAGGCGGUGAAGCUACAGGUGGUGGCGGGGAACUCGUUCUUGCGCGCGGCACUGGUGCAGCAGCUGGAGGAGGAGUUCGGGCAGAGCGCGUUCUACAUCGUGCGCGGGGAGCGCCCGUAUCGCGGCCCGGAAACCCUCCUUCUCGUCCGUGCAACCCAGGAGGACGCGGAGGAGUGGGGGCGGCAGGAGGAGCAGCGGCAGCAGCAGCAGCUGGAAGCGUCCAUCGGGUUCACGCGGGCAGUGGAGGCGGUGAUGCGUGUGAGCAGGGAGCGCGGCGUGCCACUGCUGGCACACAACUGCCUCUUUGACCUCGCGUACCUCUUCCACCACUUCAUCCGCCCCAUGCCCGACUCGCUCGAUGACUGGCGCCACCAGUUCCUAGAAGCCUUCCCCGGCGGCGUGUACGACACCAAGCACCUCGUCUCGCUCCUCCCGCCCGCGCUGCUCCCAUCCAGCACCUCCCUCUCCUCGCUCUUCGAGUUCUUCUUCCACCGCCCCGCCUCACCCUCAUCCACUCCCGUGCGUGACAAGGAGGGCGAGGAGGCUGGGGCGGGGGAAGGUGAUGGGACUACGCCCCAACCUACGCAGCCAUUUGUGUGCUAUCUCGACGUUGCUGUGGCCAUCAAUCCCGAGAAGGAAGCAGAGGGCGAGGGGGAGAGGGAGCGCGGAGAGGGGGCGCGUGAAAACGGUGGAGACGGGACAGCGGGAGCGGGAGGCGUGAGUGUGAAGGAAGGCGAGGGGGAAGGGGGGAGCAGAGGAGGGGAGCAGGAGGGGGCAGGGGGGGAGGAGGCGGUGGUGAGAGUGCAGUGGCCGGCAGUGGUGCAUGGGGAGGGGUUCAACCGCUACAGCCAUCUGUCACCAGACAACCCUGCCAUGGCUCAUGAAGCAGGCUUUGAUGCGUACAUGACAGCAGCAGUCUUUGUUGCCAUCUCCUCGCUCCUCGCCUCGCCUACCCUCUCCUCCAAGGUACCACACACACACUGA